AAGUGCAGGUGCAGUAGGGGGGAGGGAAGGAAAGGCUGCGGCAUUAAAUGAGCCACUCUUCCGUGUCCUCCACAACUGCUGUAAGGCCCCGGGGCGCUGCGAUUUCACACUCCGGCGGCCCCUCUGCCGCCACGCCAUGCGGGAGCCGGGCUCUCACUCCCGUUCCACCAUGUCCUCGUCAGGAAAAGCCGCCGCCGCCUCCUCCUGCCUCUCCCCUCAGUGCUUCGACCUCCUGACCAAGUCCUGCGUCAAGUGCUCCGACUUGUUCAAGGACAACACAACAGAGCCUGCCCGUGUGGCACCCACCUCCGCCCUGGCGCCCACCCUCCCCUCGGUGGACCUGCCCAGAACCCUCCUGAUCUUUGGGAUCCCGGCAGCGGUGGGGCUCAUCCUGGCCCUGGCUGCCUUCUGGGGGUUCCUGGCCUUCAAGGUGGGGAAGCGGAGGAGGAAGAGGAAGGCGGCGGACGAGGAGGCCAAAGCAAACAUGGAUGCCGCCAGCCCCCUGCCCAGCCUGGGCUGCCAGGACCCUGCCAUGCCGGAGGGAGAUGCCACCUUGGCUCUGACCCCAUGCCCACAUCUCAAUGGAGGCCUGAAGAUGCCAGGGCAGCCAGGGAAAGCCGGGGCAAAGCGGAGGCCGUGCUGCCGGGGUGAUGCCGACGGCGACAUCAUCCUGCUCUCCAGCGUGUACCCCCGGCACGAGGAGUGCAACCACGGCUUCCCACUGCCCGCCACCGAGCUGGGGGCCACAGCCCUGGUCACCACCAAAACCACCCAGAAAUGUGCCGGAGAGGAGAGAGCCUGAGGGCAGGGGGAACGGGACUGGAGCACUCCAGCUGCUCCCUGUGGAUGCCCAGAGCCCAUCCCCAGGGCGGGCAAAGCCUUAGGACCGGGUUUUGCCUCGAGCAAGAUCAGCCUUCUAAGAUGACUGCCCUUUUCCACUUUUCCAUUUGUAUUGAGUCCUAAUUUACUCCUGUAAGUGCUGGAGGGAGCCAAAGCAGAUCACGCCGAGUUAUGCUGAACUGAGGACAGUUGUCAUGGCCGUUACCAUUGGGAGGAGGCAGAGGAGACGCGGCUGGUGAGGACAGAGAGUGGCGGGGGCUGCUGUGCCAUUUGCGAGGCUGCCAUUGUGCCAAGACAGGUCUGCUGCUGGAUGGGCAAUUCCUGGGAACGUGGGGCUGGAAUAGCAGAAAGGGCAGGGGAAAGGAGGAUGGAGAGGGAAGCAGGGAGUUACAUUAGGACCAAAUCUGCUGCUCGUAGCUCAAUUUUUGCUACUGACCUCAAUAAAAGGAGGCUUGGGACCACACAGAGCAAGGCACAUCCAGCAGCACCUUCUCAAUUCACAGUCCUGACUUUGCAUGCCGUAAUAUCCAGGUCUCUCCUCCCUCUGGGCACUCUCAUGUGGUGUCAGGCAUCCACUGGCACUGAUGGGAAUCCCCUCCGCAGCCAGCUACCCCAGGGGUGGGAAACAAGUUCAUCUUCCCAAGCAGGGAGCGAGGGAGGGGAGAGGGGUUAAAAAUCUGUCUUUGCUCUGACCUACAAUCACCAAAGUUGGGGGGACCAGGGGCAAGUAAUGGAGACUGAUGGGCUAGAAGAGCUCCGUGAGCUUAUCUUUAUGGCACCAGACAGCCAUCACUUCAGCUCACUGUGGCUGCAGAAAUACUGUGUGUCACUUGGGAUGGAUGUUUCCAUGCCGUGCAAAACCAGGCAGGGAGUGAUGCGAGCGUAGGCGGGAUGACUUAAUUUAUGUGAGUGUCUUCAAGGCUUUGCCUGCGUGCCAGAGCUGGCUGGCAUUACUGGUCCAAGGCACUUCUUAGAUGGUCUUGUUCACCUGCCUGCAAGUGGCUUUACUGUACAGGAAGGGCUCUGCUUCAGAAACAAAGUCAUUAGUGCAGGAUUGCUCUUCCCCAGUAAUUACAGCAGCUGAUUCCCCUGGCUGAACAGAGCCAGGACAAUGGGUUGGAUGAGAAACCCUGCUGGUCCUGGAGGGGGUGAUUAUGCAAUUAGAAGUGUCUUGGGGUGGUCACGGAAGAGCUAUUUGCAUGAAGCACCAUGUGGGUGGCAGCCUGGCCUGCACCUCCUCUGGUGAGGUGGUUUUCUUGCCCGAGAGGCUUUGGGGAACUGAGCAGGGGUGGCCAAUUAAGGUGUGGGGACACUGCUGCUAAGUGCCAAUGGGCGACUGAGGGCCACAGCUCAUGGCAGGGCUGCCCGGUGGCACUGUACAGAGGGGAUGUCCCUUUGAUGACAGGAAGGUGACUCCCUGCCCAAGCCUGAGCUCUUUUCUGGGGCUGCAGGACCAGAUGCUGUUGCUUAAGGGUGACCUUCCCACUUCUCCCCUGCCCAUGGCAAUGGAGCCAGGCUCACGGCAUCCGUCCCUUAAGGGUAACCACAGGCACUGCCACAGGUGACAAGGUCCAAAUUCCUCACCACGACUCCUCUCCCAGAUCUAAACGUGCUGGUGGAGGUGAGCCUUCAUCUGGCUGAGGCUCCACAUCACCCAGGAUGGGACGGGUCCCCAUCUCAGCCUCGGGGCUGAGGAUGGUGGAGGGGCUGGUCCACAUGCCCAGUGACUGUCCUGUGGAGCUCCAGGAGCCCGUGGCUCACUGGCAGGAGCUGUGGAGGCUCCAGCACUGGCCUCCCAGUUACCCGCAGCAGCCGUGCUGCUCCUUGCAGGAGGGAUAGCCCUGCUGCAUGAACCAGGCAUCUCCUCAUCCCCGUGCCCCACACUCAGCCCUGUGAAGUGACUUCGAGCAAACUUUGUGCCUCUGGAGUGGGAAAAUGAGCCAAAGCCAAGUCGGGAGACUUUUUGGCCCUGGAAGAAGGACUGCUCGUGGGAGACAGCAACCUGCUUCGUGGGAGACAGCAGCCUGCUUCAUGGGAGACAGGGGCGAGAGGGAAAUGGAGAAGGACUGUCAGGAGCAUCUUCCACUUCCCACCCAGUGAUCACCACAGCUCAGUCCUGCAGAUACCUCAGCCCUGCCCACCCCGACCAACGUGGCAAUUUGAAAAAGAAACUCCCAUACAAAUAACAUAGACAAAGCCCCUCUUUCUGCUCAGGUAAGGACUUCUGCUCUCAUUUCUGCUAGAGCUUCAGCCAGGUGUCUCCUCUGUGAGACUCCACCAGCAUCUGCAGUUCACAGAAGCAGCAUUUUGAUCCACAUUGGAUUCCUCAGCUAGCAAAUGCCCAUCGGAUCCCCUCUCUGUGAUGGCAUUGGGGGCGUCUUCCCCCUCAUCCUGCCUGCCUGCCUGCCAGCCAUGGUGGGGCAUUGCUCCCCUCCUGCCUGGCCUGCUCCCUGCCUGGGCCUGGGAGGGAUUUGCAACCCCCUCUGUGCGUGCUUCUCCAUCCUUAUGUACAGGGCAGGGGGCUGGCUGUCUGUCUUGUCUGCAUGGAGAGCAGAGGGAAUGGACAUUUAAAAUAUGGUUGUAAAAAUUAAAGAAUAAAAUCAACCUGUUGCUAA